AAGACGGACUACAUUCGACUGUUUUGGCACAGCUAGAUAUCUUCUAUAUAAAUGGAAAACAUAUCCUUCUGUACAUACAUUAAACUGAUUUAUAUACCAUAUAAUGCAAAGAAAUAUGUUGGUUCAAAAUACAGGCCACUCAUCUCGAAAAUUAAAUACGUGGAAAUACAUAUUAUUUAGUGUUUGCACGUUACUUUCUCUCGUUGAGAUAUAUGUUGUUCUGCCUCAUUUUCGUAAUGAUGAAAAAUCAAUGCGUUUUGAUAAAAGACUGGAGCCUAAAAUAAAAACUUGUUGGUUUUCUGGGAGAAAUACUUCUUAUGGUAUAAUGAAUAAUACGCUUUUUGAAGUGAAGUUGAAGCCCGGAUUAAUGAAACUGAUAAAUCCUACGUCACCAAAAUAUACACCAACUGUCAAUGGAACAUAUCAUCUAGAAAAUAAGAACUUUUGUUCGGAAGAAAGAUUCCUGUCAUUGAUUGUAAUGAUUCUGUCUUCAACAAAUAAUUUUCAAAGAAGAAAUGCUGUCAGAGAAACCUGGGGAAAUUCAAGUUACUAUGUGAACUUCGGGACAGUAAAAGUUUUGUUUGUGCUAGGUUUAACAAAAGAUUCAAGCGUUCAAGAACACAUUGAGGCAGAAUUUAAUCGAAGUAAAGAUAUUCUACAAGGAUCCUUUAUAGAUUCAUAUAAAAACUUGUCGUACAAGUCUGUAUUAGGCUUUAAAUGGUUGACAGAACGAUGUAGAAAUGCUAAAUUUGUUCUAAAAACAGACGACGACGUAGUAAUAAAUAUGUUCCGUAUAUUUGAAACCGAUAUACCAAAGAUUUCGAUAGAUCAAUAUCAAGUUCAUUGUGAACGUCGUACAAAUAGUCCAGUUCUUAGAAACAGAAAUGCAAAAGCUUAUGUUGAACCGCAUCAGUUGAGAGGACUGAAAUAUCACAUGCCAUAUUGUCAUGGACAAUACGUGAUGUUCCUGAAUGACAUCGUUCCUUAUUUAUACAAAUCCGCAGCAAUUACUCCGUUCUUUUGGAUUGACGAUGUAUUUAAUUACGGUAUAGUUAUUAACAAUAUACCUGCAUUAAAAUACAAACAAGUACAAUCAAGUGAAUAUGUGUCUUACAAAAAAUUGGAUAAAUCGUUGUGUAUGAAAGAAUCAUCUCAAUUAUGUCGUUAUUUAUAUGUAGUUACAGAUAACGACAAUCAAGCAAAAAGUGUUUGGUCAUCUAUAAAUUUACAGUAUAGAAAUACAAGUUAUUAA